UGCUUCUGGUCCGAAUAAUCGACUCGAACAUAAAACGGCGUCGGUUUAUCCAAAAGCGAGUCAACUGAUGCUGCUGCACUGCGUCGUGUUGUGUUCUCUACUCGCCGUCGUCGCCGUCUCCGUCGCUUCAGCCUAUCCUCUCGUUGGCGUUCACCCAUUAGAUGAAAAGUAUUUCGAGUCAGAUGUAAUAAGAUGCAAAGAUGGCUCCAAAUAUUUCACUAGAGACCGUCUCAACGAUAACUUUUGUGAUUGUCUUGACGGCACUGAUGAGCCUGGAACUUCGGCAUGUCCAAAUGGCAAGUUUUACUGUAGGAACAUAGGAAGUUCACCAAAGUUCGUUUACUCUUCUCGUGUGAACGAUGGAAUCUGUGAUUGCUGUGAUGGAAGCGAUGAGUACGAGAGUAGCAUUAGUUGUCCCAACACAUGUAUAAUGGGUGGCAAUGUUAACUACAUCUACAAACCUAGAACCAACCUUAAACCUAUCGACAGAAAACUCGGUUCGACAACUUUUCCAAAGGAAUCUAAUACCAUACUGAAUCUUCAGGACAUGGUCAAGAAUCUCCAAGGUAUGAAGCUUGUCUUCGCCCUUCAGCUGGUUUUGAUUGGUUUCUUGGUGAUUUUAUGGAUGCUUAGAAGUCGUGCUCGGUCUAAGAGGAGACGCAAGAAUGUACCUCUAAAUAGAUCAGCUAACUAGCUUUAUCGACCUCUUUGAUUAUAGUUUCUUGAAGCUUUUACACGGAACCUGAGUGCUAAGAUCACAUAUGUCUAGUGUCAUUAUAUAGUUAGCUGAAACUGUAUUAAGUGUGAGAUUAUUUGUUUUCUUGGAUCAUAAUUCUCUUGUUCUUAAGCGUUUACAUCUAGAUGAUCUCAUGGUAUGAAUAUUUUCUAGAAAUGGAGAUUAUGCUAAUUGAUUGUAUUUCACAGA